AUGGAAGAAAACAGCCUCCGCGACUACUUUGAGAAGAAGUACCGCCAGGGGAACUUCUUCGAGCGCGGGGACUAUGAUUUCUUGGCUGACAGCUGGUGCUGGGAGCAUCGCCGAACCGGUAUCCGGGUCUGGGCGGAUGCUUUGGACCUCUCAUUGGGUCAGCCGGACAGCCGGGUUGUGUUCCAUUACACCAGCGAGCUGACUUUUCGGGAAGUGACUUCCGAAGAGAAGCAGCCGGCGGAAGUAUGGGCUGCCUUAAAGAGCGAUCCUGGCACCGCCUGGUUCGGUUCCGGUCUGUACACCGUGCCCAAGGCUCCAGAUGAGUGGAAGGACAGAGCAGAGCUGCUCGACAACAAUUUCCGGAACCUUAUGAAGAAGGACCACAACAAUGACGACAAGGGUGAGGACUAUGUCAAAAAGGCAUAUCCUCAUCGUGUCGCAUUUUGCAUACCCAUCCUCGUGGCACCUGCGAACAUGUACGACGUGUCCAAAGUGCAAACGCCCGAGAUGAAGCAGGCGGGGCGAGCUCCUGGAAGGAAUCUUCGAGGUGUGGUGCUCAACAAGCCCGGCACGGUUCCACGGACCUGCGUCGUCAUUCAAUUUGCUGAUGGCGGUAGGGCUGUAAAAAUCGCCCUGGAUCGGCUGCUGGACACGCUCCAACUUCGUGCUCGUUCUAUCGCCAAGCGAAAGGGCGAGCGACACUUGACAACUCUUCUUGCCAGAGCCAGGCUCGGUACAUCUUUGCGCAGCCGCGGCAUGUUGCCGGAGGCCGAAGCAGUGCUUCGAGAGGUUCUCGAGGGCUACGAGCAACAAUUGGGGCCGGUACAUCCAAGGACUCUUUUCGCUGUGGAUGCCUGGGCUAAGCUACUCCACGCGAAAGGAGACUUGGAGGAGGCGAAGAAGUUUUACCGACGAGCGGUGCGGGAUGCUCGCAAGAAGCUGGGCGCGUCGCACCCUGCCACCCUCGCCUACACAGAUGACUUUGGCGUUUUGCUUCAUCGCAAUGGCGAUCUCCUGGAAGCGGAAGAGCUCUUGAAGAAAUCUUUCCGAGGCCGAGAGGAGCUCCUCGGACCGGCGCAUCCAGACACGCUCGUGUCGCUUCGUCACGUCUCCAGUCUCCUGAAGGACCUUGGGGAGCUGAUGGAAGCGGAGAAGCUUCAUACCGGCGCGGCCAGUGGCAGUGAGAAGCGCUGGGGCACCUGGCACCCGUGGACCCUCCACGCCCUGAUCGAUCUGGGCCACCUCCUUCACAAGCGAGGCAAAGUCUUUAAAGCAGGGGAGCGCUUGCGGCAAGCCCUCACCGGUCUCGAGGAUCAAAUGGGCCUCAUGCAUCCGGACACAAUCAGCAGUGUCACCUUCUUAGCUCGCAUCGCCCAGGAGCAGGGCAGAUUGACAGAGGCUGAGGACUUCUUCCGCCGGGCGCUGCAGGCGGGUGAGGACCAGUUCGGCUCCUCCCAUCCAGCCACGCUGAGCGCGGCCCUGGAUUUGAGCACCUUCCUGCGAAGCAUCGGAAAGCUUGUGAAGGCCCUGAGCACCUUGGCUGAGCUGAUGUUCGGGAGCUUCGGUAAAGACCAAGGCAAUCUGGGCUACGUCAUCCAACUUCAGGGCAAGCUGCAGGAGGCCCAGGGUCGAACUGGCGAGGCCGAGAUGAUGCAGCGGCGGGCUGCACAGGAACGGCAGAAGCACCUGGGCCCCUCUCAUCCGCACAGCCUCUCCUCUGCCUGGAAGCUCUCAGCGCUGCUGAGAGACCAGAACAAGCUUGAAGAGGCUUUCGGCUGCAUCGGCUCGUUGGCGAAGCUGCUGCAGGCGAAUCGUUACAGAGAGAAGUGGUCAGCAGUCAAGGGCAUCGCGGAAGCCAACGACCUGAUCCACCAGCGCGGAGGCUUCGGGGAGCCCUGGCAACCCGUCCCGCCGGUGGUCGCCGAGGCCUGGUCGUUCCUGGAGCCCGGGCCCUCAGCCGAGUCAGAGCGCAGCUCCCUGCCACGCUUCGCACGAACCGAGGUUUGCUGUGCCAACGUCGACACGCUGACAGCAGCACUGGUACUCGGAGAUGCAUGUGCUCUCAGCUUCGCCAAUGCCGACAUCCCGGGUGGGCGCUACCGCAGCGGCGGAUUGGCACAGGAGGAAGAUCUCUGCCGCUUGCUGCCGCAGCUCUACCCGGCCCUCAAAGCAAUGCCAUAUCCGAUCCCUCCCGGAACGGUACUGGUAGCUCGAGACCUUCUGGCGCUGAGGAAGCCUGGCACCUACGCGCCCUGCCCCAGUCUUGGCUCUGUUACCGUGCUAACUGCUGCAAUGCCCUGCGGCGCUGCCGAUCGGCGACCGAAGGGCGGCUGGGCCAAGUCACCAUGGGCUGCGGACGUGUCGCUGCGUAUCCGCUCGGUGCUCCAUGCUGCCAAGCAGUCUGGUCAUGCCAACCUCGUCCUGGGAGCCUUCGGUUGUGGCGCCUUCGGUAACCCUGCACGGCCCACGGCGACGAUCUUUCGCGAAGAGCUCGCGUCCCCGGAGUUUCGGGGAGCCUUCGGCCAGGUGGUCUUUGCCAUCAUCGACCCGAUAGGCACCGGAAACUUGAAGCCAUUUCGUGAGGAGAUCGCCCAGAUUGCUGAACGCCACACCCUCAGUCGGCCGCCUCUUGGCGAAGAUUCGGAGAGCCAUACUCUCUCAGAGAUGCGGCCUGCCGACGCUUUCAGGGACGCUGCAGAAGGCGCAGAAGCUGGGACCGAGCUGACUGAAGCUGCCGCGGUCGGCAUUCCCGGUGAGGGGAGCGACCUGAGCGUGCUGGCAAGUGCUUACAUGAGAUUCUUGCCAUGCUGCUUGUUGGAGAGGUUGAAAGGGGAGGAGGGACACUUGGCUACUGCUGAGCGACUUCUUCGCCGUGACCAGUCCGAGGCUUCUCAGAAAUUGGGCGGCAUGCAUCCUGCCGUGAUGUCCUCGUCGAUGCAGCUUGCAGAGAUUCUCUGUGCUCAGGGAAGACCGGAGGAUGCGAGGGAGCUGUUCAAACAGGUUCUCAGUGGCCGUGAAGUUCACCUGGGCCCGACCCACCCGGACACUCUGGCGACGGUCACCCGCCUUGGGACUCUCCUCGUCGACCAGGUGGAGCUUCCAGAAGCUGAAGCUCUGCUGAAGCGCGCGCUCGAAGGCUACAAAAUCCAAGAACCACCGGACCCUGCAUCCUGGCGGGAAGUCGCCGCACGCAUCGUCGCUCUUCUGAAGGCCAAUGCGAAGUAUGUGGACGCCGAGGAGCUGUGCAGAAAAGUUCUCGAAAGCAAGGAGAAGGAUCUGGGCAAAGGACGACUGGAGACUCUUCGAACCGUUGAGGAGUUGGCUGGCAUCCUUCGCUUACAAGGUCGUCUUCCAGAGGCGGAACAACUCAGCCGCAGGUGUCUGCAAGGCUGUGAGCAGCUCGGAGCCCUUGAUGCGGAGACCACGGAGAGAGUCACGCAGCUGGGCUUGCUGCUUCAGGAGCAGGGGCAACUGGAAGAGGCCGAGGAACUGCAACGGCGCGCUCUCAAGGAGCGGCAGAAGCAGCUCUGUGAGUCGCAUCCUUUGACUUUGGUCUGUUGCAGCCGUCUUGCAUCCGUUCUCCAAGCUCAGGCCAAGUUGGCCGAGGCAGAGGACCUCGGGCGCCGAGCAUUGCUUGGUGGGGAGAAGGAGUUUGGCCAGGUGCAUCCAGAGACCCUGACCUACGUGAACACGUUGGCGAAGGUUCUGCAAGCGCAGAACAAGGUUGACGAGGCUGAAACUCUCCAAGAGCGGAUGAUGCAGGACAGUACUUUGUCCUCCUUGAGCCAGCUGGGCUCUCUCCUCCAUGAGCGUGGCAAGCUCUCCGAGGCAGAAACUCUCCAUCGACGAGUUCUGCGCGAGAGGAGGAAGCUCGACCCGAACCACACGGAGACGCUGAACAGCGCUUGUGCUUUGGCAUCCGUGCUGCGAGAUCAGGGCGAUAUGGCUGAGUCCGAAGAUCUCUACCGAGAAGCCCUCGAAGGCUACGAGAAGCUCGAUCGCUUUAGUGCCAACAUCGCCACAACGGCAACAACAUUGGCAUCACUCCUGGAUAGCCAGGGCAAACACGAAGAAGCAGAGGACCUGCUUCGACAGGUCCUGGAGGGUCGCGAGGAGACGUUGGGUGAGUCGCAUUUGCAGACCCUUCGGACUGUGCCGUGCCUGUCGGGGGUUUAA